GGCGGCGGCCGGGGCGGCGGCAGAGCUCGUGCACAGCGCGGUGCAGCGGGAGCUCGGUGCAGGAGGAGCUCGGUGCAGGAGGAGCUCGGUGCAGGAGGAGCUCGGUGCAGCAGCUCGGUGCAGGAGCUCGGUGCAGCAGCUCGGUGCAGGGUAGGCGGACCCCCCGGAGGUGGCCAAAGGCAGCUGGCGAGAGCGCGGCACCCGGCCGGAGCUCGCCCGCCCUUCACCUCCCUGCAGGCACCUGACCCCCGGGGGGGGGACCAUGAUGGAGGAGCCGCUGUAGCCCCUCUGCAGCCUCCCCAGCCCUGCCCAGCCCCAGCCGGGGAGCUAUGAGCCAUGAAGCCCCCUGGCAGCAGCUCCCUGCGGCAGCCCUCUCCGGGCUGCAGCUCCUCCUCCGCUGGGAGCAUCACCGCCACCUCCUCCAGGCCGCCUCUGCAUCCCCUCGGCUGCCUCCCUUUCUUCCUCCUCCUCCUCGUCCUGUCGAUCGCCUGCUCCUGCUGCCCCCAGCCCCAGGGGGCUGCUGCAGCCCGAGCCCUGCAGUGGAAUGAAACUGCAGGACAGAUCCCAGAAGCUUUGGCAGAGGAAGAGACAACAUUGCAACAGAAUAGCAGCAGAAGCAGUAACAACAGUUACAGUAGUAUAACGCAAGAAGAAAUCACAUUGCCUUCUAGACUGAUAUAUUAUGUCAACAAGGACUCAGAAAGCCCUUACCAUGUCCUGGAUACUAAGGCCAGACAUCAGCAAAAGCACAACAAGGCUGUGCAUUUGGCCCAGGCAAGCUUCCAGAUCGAGGCCUUCGGUUCUCAAUUCAUUCUUGACCUCACACUGAAUAAUGGCUUGCUUUCGUCUGAUUAUGUUGAGAUUCACUAUGAAGAUGGAAAACCACACUACGCUAAGGGGGGCGAGCAUUGCUAUUAUCAUGGACACAUCAGAGGGAUCAAGGAUUCAAAAGCUGCCCUAUCAACCUGCAAUGGACUUCACGGCAUGUUUGAAGAUAGCACAUUUGUUUAUAUGCUACAGCCCCUGGAGUUGAACCACAGUACAAAAGGUACAAGUCGACCCCAUGUAAUCCAGAGAAUGCUAGGAACUCAAACUUCUAAGCAAUUGAAAAAGCCAGGAGCAGACAUUAGUGAGCGAUGGCCUUUUCUGUCCGAGUUAAAAUGGCUGAGGAAGAGGAGAAGAAGGAGGGCCGUGAAUCCAUCUCGUGGAAUCUUUGAAGAGAUGAAAUACCUGGAGCUUAUGAUUGUCAAUGAUCACAAAAUGUAUAAGAAGCAUCGGUCCUCUCAUGCGCAUACUAACAACUUUGCAAAAUCCGUGGUCAAUCUUGUAGAUUCAAUUUACAAGGAGCACCUGAACACCCGAGUGGUUCUGGUCGCUGUGGAAACUUGGACCGAGAAAGAUUAUAUUGAGAUCCGCCAUGACCCCGUGCAGAUGCUCCAUGAAUUCUCGAAGUACCGUCAGCGCAUCAAGCAGCAUGCCGAUGCUGUGCAUUUGCUCUCGAGCGUCACAUUCCACUAUAAAAGAAGCAGUUUGAGUUACUUUGGAGGUGUCUGUUCUCGGACCAGGGGAGUUGGAGUCAAUGAGUAUGGUCUUCCAAUGGCAGUGGCACAAGAAUUAUCCCAGAGUCUGGCUCAGAACCUUGGGAUUCAGUGGGAGCCAUCAAGUCGAAAGCCAAAAUGUGACUGCACAGAAUCCUGGGGUGGAUGCAUCAUGGAAGAAACAGGGGUAUCCCAUUCCAGAAAAUUCUCAAAAUGCAGUAUUGCUGAGUAUAAAGAGUUUUUACUGAGAGGAGGAGGUGCCUGUCUAUUUAAUAGGCCAACAAAGUUAUUUGAAACUACUGAAUGUGGCAAUGGCUAUGUGGAAGCAGGAGAAGAAUGUGAUUGUGGUUUCCAUGUGGAAUGCAGUGGAGAUUGCUGCAAGAAAUGCUCACUUUCCAACGGAGCUCACUGCAGCGAUGGGCCCUGCUGUAACACAUCCUGUCUCUUUCUGCCACGAGGCUAUGACUGCCGCUACACAGUCAACGAAUGUGAUAUUACGGAAUACUGCACGGGAGACUCCGGCCAGUGUCCGCCCAAUCUUCAUAAACAAGAUGGAUAUGCCUGUGAUUCCAAUCAGGGCCGUUGUUAUAACGGAGAAUGCAAGACAAGAGACAAUCAGUGUAAAUACAUCUGGGGGUCGAAGGCUGCAGGGUCUGACAAAUUCUGUUAUGAGAAGCUCAAUACAGAAGGCACCGAGAAGGGAAACUGUGGGAAAGAUGGAGAUCGAUGGGUUCAGUGCAGCAAACAUGAUGUGUUUUGCGGCUUUUUGCUCUGCACCAAUCUCACUCGAGUACCACGGAUCGGUCAUCUUCAGGGAGAGAUAACCCCAACUUCCUUUUACCAUCAGGGGCGAGUAGUCGACUGCAGUGGAGCUCAUGUGGUUUUGGAUGAUGACACAGAUGUUGGAUAUGUCGAAGAUGGAACUCCAUGUGGUCCAUACAUGAUGUGUCUAGAUAGAAAGUGCCUCCAGAUUCAAUCCCUGAACAUCAGCAGUUGCCCUCUUGGUUCUAACGGCAAAGUCUGCUCAGGUCACGGGGUGUGUAGUAACGAAGCCACCUGCAUCUGUAGCUUUACUUGGGCUGGGACAGAUUGCAGCAUCUAUGACCCUAUCAAGAAGGAUGAUUCCAAGAAGGAUGAAGGACCCAAGGUGAGCCUGGCCACUAACAGACUAAUAGGUGCAGUGGCAGGGACCAUUCUGGCUCUGGGGGUGAUUUUUGGAGGCACAGGGUGGGGAAUAGAGUAAGCAUCUUUCUUAGUUUCAGAGUUUUGUUUUGUUUUCUGUUUGGUGCCAGUGUGUGAGGUAACUGUUUGCACCCUAACCCUCUGUGUACUGUCUCAUUGGCUUUGUGUUGUGUGGUGGCUGUAUUUGUGGUGUAAAUUGGAUGUGUCGGUGUCAUGUGAUUUGCUCAUACAGUCUUGAACCCUCUCUUGUCUGAGGUGAUGUGGGGCAUAAAACAAUACCUUUGUGAAUAUUUACAGUACCUUGAGUAAAAUAACCUCAUGUCAAUAUUUCAUUCCUCCUAAGUUAUAAAAAAGAAUGAGAACUUUUAUUUUUCAAGUUUCUGAAUACCAACUGGUAAUGUAUUCCCCGUAGAGCAACCUAUACCACCAAUGCCUUCAUCUCCCAUAUUGGAUUUCCUUGUAAUCAGUGGGGCAUUCCCUUGACCUAAGGAAUCAUCAGAUCCAGUUAGUUCCAACAGAGAAUACUGCAUCAGCAUUAGCCUUCAGGAUUUCCAUCUUUGGAAGGAAGUCUAAAUGUAUGAUGGCUGGAAUUUCCACAGAUUUGGGGAUAUAGGGUGAGGAAUGGUAUGCCAUAACUGACCCAUCAAUCAGAGAUAUGGGAAACCUGUGUAACUGUCAUCCUCUCCUCAUAUAGUAAAUUUGAAAAAGUAUGUAUCCUCAGAGUCUCCUUUGUUAUGUGGCACGUCAGCAGGUGAAAUGGUUAUUUUAAUCCAGGACUUCACAGCUGAAAGUCAAGUAGAGAGUUGGCUGUGAAGACAUUGAAUAUAAAUAAGUCUUGUCCAGAAAAGAAUUCUGCUUUGGGGGGUGCUGAUGUCUGGAUUGACUGCCUUACCCAAAUUUGCUGGACCAUUGUCAACUCUCCAUAUGACCUUAUCAGAUGAGUUUGGAUGAUGAAAAUGUCCAAUCUAAAUAUUGUCUCGCUCCACCCUCCAAAAAUUUCCCUUUUGAGGGUACUGGUGUCUUGCCCAAAUUUGAUGGACCAUUCCCAACUCUCCAAAUGACCUUACGUAGGCUUGAGAAAGUCGGAAAGAGGACAUAGAGAGAGCGCACUAAUUCAUAGGUCAAGGUAAAACUUUAAAUGUUAUCAUGCUCAAUGCGGGUACUCUCUUGUGUAAAGAUACUCACUGAAUUGCAUGUCUUUUCUGAGCAUUGGUAUCCACAGAGCUUAGCAGUUAUCAUUUCUUCUGCAAGAGGCCUAAAAAUUAAAGGACAAACCUUAAGUAAUAGCUGGUUUAGCUGCCACUGAACCUGCACAGAUUAGCAGCCUCUUGGUGAGAUCAGAUCAUUUUCCUUUAUUAAUGUUCUGCCCCCAAAUCACCUGAGAAUAUAUUUGUGUAAUUUUGUUCGGGUCAUUAGAUUUGAGCAUAAAAAUUGAGAGAAUUAAUUGAAAAGUGAGUCUGACAAGUUAAUAGAUCAGUAGGAGGCAUUUUAGUCAUGGGAAAAAAGAUGAUAUUGGAUGUAGAAUUUGUAUGAAAAUGUGGCAUUCAGUUUCUAUGGAAAAUGCUGUCUCUACAGAUUCCCACCAUACUAGCUACAACCUCAACCAAAUUUGCUAAGGUAUAUCCAUUUUGGGGAAAGUUUGCCAGACAGCUUUUUAAUAAUGCAUGAAUUUAUUGAUCAUGGAGGUAAAUUUCAGCAAUUUUGCAUUUAAUGUUGUAGAUAGAUAAGAGCAAAAGGUUUUAAAUAGUAAAGCAACAACCCUUGUUAUCUGCAUUUGGGGGUCAUCCCUCAUUUUUGGUGAUUCUUAUUAAAUCAGGUAAGUCCGGAAGAGUAUCUUAUUUCCAGCAGAAGAAAAUUUAGUCAUUUUUAUUGGUGACUGGUUUUGUGCCAUUUCUGUCUCUUGUUUUUCAAAUUUACAUUAUUGCCAAUGUUGUUAAAAUUUUGUUUUUGUAUACGGAGACAGGCUUUUAACAAAAAAUGAAUAAUAAGGUUGUUUAAUAUAAUUUUACCAAGAAUGAAAUAUACAUUCUUACUAAGGAUUAUAGAAAAAGUUUUCUUUCAUUUCUACCCUUUGAUAAACUAUUUAUAUAUGCUACUUCUUAGAUAACAUACUAGCAUGAGCUAGCAAAGCUCAAAUCUUAUAUAGUAUUAGAUUGCUGUAUGUGCAGAAUGAUGUGUUGUAGCUUUUAUAGCGCUACUUUGCACAGCAAACCUUUUGAAAUGUAAUGCAGUGCGUUUGCCCAAGAGGCCACUGAGAUCAGUUUGCCCCUUUACUGGUGAGUUUGGGAGUUCAUAUAUCUUUGCUCUGUUGAUGAUGGCUCCAGAAUCCUCAGUGUUGCCCCCUUUCACUCUCCUAAGUUUUCAUAUUCAUUCAAUAGUAUUUAUUGAGCGCUUACU